UGUUUUAUUUUAAGUUACAGCAUAUUUUGAAGGAGUCUUGUGCUUAGUUGUCUCAAAGACAGUAUCCUAUAGUAGUGAAUCUUGAAAAUCAAGAAAGACAUCCAGCCAGAGCUUUUUGUGAGCUGUCUAUCCAGUGGAACUGAGUGAGAUGUGCAGUAAUUUUAGUGGAUCCAUUCUAGAGUAGACAGGCAGAUGGAUCAGAUAGAUUUACGAAUUCUUACAUGUCAAGAGGUGUCCAGCAGAUGAUGCUUUAAGCCUAAAAGAUACAAUGCACCAUAAUCUGAUUUGACAGUGUUAGAAUGAUUAUGAGACUUUUAUUAGUAAGUCUAUGUGAGUGUAAAGAGUGAUUUAAUUAAUUAUACCCUUGUCUUUUCUCUUUGACCUUCCAAGCUGUGUGUGGCAUAUGAAAUUGGUCAAAUCUCAAACUAAAUGACUUUUAUUUUGAAAUUCCGUCUGACGCUCACAUCCGUUCUGGAAGUGGAAGCUGUUGUCAACGGAAGGAUUGUCAACGGUCGACUGCACCUUACAAGUCACUUUUAGGGGCGCCGCACUUGCUAGAGUUCAGGGAUUUCUUCAGCACUCCACCUUUUGCAUUAGGACAGGCUUCCAGCCAUGUCUGCUGUGGUGGAUCUAAAGACGAAGGAGGAGAAAGAUGCAGAGCUGGACAAAAGGAUCGAAGCUCUGCGGAAGAAGAAUGAGGCUUUGGUCAAGAGAUAUCAGGAAAUACAGGAAGAUAAGAAAAAGGCUGAACAGGAGGGCAUCGCUGUGACAACACCUCGGAAACCCCGCCCUCAUGAGCCUGAGUCUGAACGGAGAAAGACGGAAAAGGAGAACUUCUCAGUGACCGUUGACUUGUCCAAAUCAGCUGCGGAGAAGCGUGUGGCGAAUGACAGGAAACCAGCUAGUCAUCGUGGUGACCAGGGCCCAGAAGAAGAAGAGUCUGGUCUGCCUCAUGGUGAGAGUCCCCCCCACAGAACCGGAUCGGGCCGGCUGAGCAGAGGUGGCCACCGCGGCGGAAGAAGAGAGCCUCGUUCAAACAAAGGUGAACCAUGGUCGGAGAGGCAACCUCAGGAUGGUGAAGGUGGAGAGGGACCAGCUCAUACUGAACGCUCCUCCAGAGGAGGGCGGAGAGGAGGAAGAGGUGGAGGAGGAACGCAAGGAGGAUCAGGCUCGGACAGGAAAUCAAAGGAGUGGGAGGAAAAAAGAAGACAGAACAUAGAGAAGAUGAAUGAAGAGAUGGAAAAGAUUGCUGAAUAUGAGAGAGGUCAAAAAGCUGAUGGAGAGAAGAACCCCAUCAGAAACUUCCUUGAUGACCCACGGCGUAGUGGGCCGAUACCAGAAACUGACCGCAAGGAGGGAAGCCGGCGACAUGUGCGCAAUUGGGGUGGUGUUGACUUUGACAGUGUGAAGACUGGUGCAGAGGUUGAGAAAGAAUGGACGAAUCGUAGGCCAAGUGGUAAAGGCUCAGUGGAUAUGACUCUGUCCAUGACUGGCCGAGAAAGAGCCGAGUAUCUCCGCUGGAAAAAGGAGCGAGAGCAGAUUGACGAAGAACGACUGGCUCGUCACCGUAACGCCACUGGCCAGUGGAGACGAGAGUGGGAUGUCCAGAAAACAGAUACAAUGUUCAAGGAGGACUCAGCUGUGGCUGGAGAGGGCACACAAGAACAAAGCAACAGGAGAGAUGAUAGCAAGAGGCCGCCCAAGGCACCAACCUUUGGGGACUUCAUGGGACAGGGCAAGCCCAGACAAGGAGGCCGUGGACGAGGGAAGGGUCACGGUCAAAGCAAAAGCUACAGCAUGCAUGAUAAUCGGUGGGAAGGGGAAAAUGAAGAGGAGAAAGGAAGAAAGGAGGAGCAAGAGAAGGAGAAGGAUGAAGAGAAGGUCAAAGAGAAGGAAAACAAGAGCAAGGAUGACACCCUCAAGGCUCCAUUGUCAGACAAGAAGUCUGAUGAAGGAGGCCUCGCUGAAGAAGAUGAUGAUGAGUGGGAGGAUGCCAGCGAUGGUGAACAGGAAGAUGUGGAAGAGGAUGAAAAAGCAGAUCACGAGGAAGACUCAAAAGAUGCUAAACCAACAGAAAAGACCCCUACCGCUUCUGCAACCUCUACUCCCAGCCCAAAAGAGCAACGUACCCCAAGACCCAAAGUCCACAUCCCUUCCCCACAGGAGACACUCAGUACACCGGAGGGACCCAAACCGCACAGCCCUUUCUCCCCACUGGACGGUCACCAGCCUGUGUCAGACUGGGGUGAAGAAAUGGAGAUGCUUUCUCCUAAGAGCAGUCUGGGCGAGAGCCCUCUGAGGCCCAGCAGCACUGAAAGCAGUCCAGCUCAACCUGAAAGCAGUCCAGCUGAACAUAACACGGAUACCACCCCCAGCCAGCCAGAAGAACCAGAAAGAAAAGAAAGUGCAUCUACAGUGGUGGAGUCAGCUUCCUGUGAAACACAAAAGGAGCCGGUACCAGCUGAAUCUGCUGACACAACCACCUCGAGCAGCCAUGAUACAGGAGAUCCUGUAGUGCCACCCACCACAGACAGCAUCAACCAGAGCAAGGACAGCGACGCCCCCACUAUAGAGCUGGAUCAGAGUCAGCCUGAAACUAAGGUUGGGGAGGAAACAGCAGUGGAUUCUUCAGAUCAACCCUCCUCAGGUGCUGUUCUUAUUACCAGCUUUGAGACGGUGGAAUUUCGAAAGAAAUCCCUUACUUCAGCUGGCUUCUAACUAACCGACGUCCUCCCCUUUUCUUCGCACACUUCAGUCUUUCUGGUCUCUCUGUCUCUCCCUCCCUGUUCACUACACUCAUGUCUCCUUUACGUUCCCGUGUCCAUCUGUCUCAUGGCAUGAGAUGGCAUCUGCUGUUGAGCUUGUUUCUAUCGUCUUUGACAAAUGAGAAUGCAGCUCUUCAGGCUAUGACAGUCCUCCCCCUCCUCUGGGACUGACUGCUUCUGUCUGCAGCUUCACACUUGCUGUCAUUCUCCACUGUGAACCUUGUACACCUCCUCCAGCAUGACUAAAAUCCCGCGUUUAUUGUGCUCCCGGAUCCCCUUUUUGUCAUUCAUGCACCUCUUUGAUUUCACACCUUUCCCUGGAUGACAUGUUUGGAUUUGGGUUAUGGCUUUUUCCCCUUUCAUGCAUGUAACAAACUGCUUGAGCAAAUAAGUGUUGUUUUGAUUUUUAUUCAAUUUUUGCAAAAGCAUAUAUAUGUGAGAGUGUGUGGACCGCAAACAGGAAUGAUCUAUAACAUCAUCCCAACAGAAUCCCAUUUGAUCGCCGUUUAGGAUCAUUAUCAUUGAGGGGAAAGCAGCUUGCAGAGAUGAAUUACACCGGGUAAACCUAAUGUGGUUCCAGAGACUGUAUAGCAUCUUAUUAAAUUUCAUGUCAUUUUAAUGUUUAUCAUGUAUGAAUGUUUAUCAAGCCACACAGAAUGAAUGUAUCAAGUUCACCAGAGUGCAAAUGAGAGUACUUUUAAAUCCAUUGUUUAUUCAUAUAGACUUAAAAAUAAGUCCUCUGAGAUGAUCAGGGUUCCUGCUGUUUUAGAAAACCUGGAAAUAUCAGGACAUUUUUUAGAAUGAUGCUUAACUGGUCUAGAAAAUGAAUAAAAUCUUUAAAACCAUGUAAAUUUGUGAAUAAUCUUCUAGUUAUGCUGUUUAAAAUUAUUUCAUAAGAUAGACUUUUUACUGGAGUCUUUUUACUAAUUUUAAAUAAAAGAUUUGAUAUGUGACUGGUUUGGAUGUUUGGAUGGGUGUAUGGUGGCCCAGAAGGCAUUCAAACCGCAUUCAAAUCUUAUUUUAUGUGUUACUUGCUAUCUGACAUAGACUUAAAUAUGCCACAGUAAUCUCAUUAAAAUGAUUUUUAAGAUUCCUUAUCCAGUAAUAGUGAAAAACUGGAAAUGUCAUGGAAAUUCAUUGUUUAAAAGAACCCAGGAUUACACUCAUUUGCAGAGCAAAGAGGAAAAACAAAACCAGCCCAAAAUUAUGAAAGAAAAAUUAAAUGUGGUGGCUUUUAUCCUCAUCAGUUUGUUUUUUCUAAAGUCUGAAAUUUGAAUCAUCUCUCCUUUUUAUUGCCCUUUUAAUUUGCGGUCACAUUCACCGUUCAGCAAUGUUCACAGGCAAAUCCAAUAAUUUCAGUAGGAAUCCACGCAAUCUAGAAUUUAGUGUGAAAGCGAAGUAUUUGCCCGCACAGAUUUCACAAUGGGUUUAAGUUGGUCAUGCAAAUUUGCCAUGUUGAUCAAAGCAAAGCGGCUUGGUUUGAUUAAGAAAAUGGCUUUAGUGUGAGUGUUGCUUCAUACAUCUCUCCACUAUUGACAAUAGACAGUGGACCUUUAGUUUCUGUGAAAUUUUGCCGAAAUAUCACUGAUGUGACUGCACCUUAGUUUGUACAAACUACUCUGUGUCUGUAGGAUUUUUACUUAUACAAGUGAUGAAUUUGUAGUUUAUACUGUUGAGAUUUGGCACAGUGCUGGAAUGGCGAAUAAAUGUUGUGCUGCUCAUUACUUCUGAUUGUCUCCCUUUCCCUUUUGAAUUGAGGAACCACUCCUAAGUGUUUUGUGUUUCAUGAAUGUUUGAUGUCACAGCCACUCCAUUGCCAAAGGCUCAACCCUGUCACUCAAUCAUUUGGGAUCUCUGUCCUUCUCCACCUGCUCCUGCUUAUUGCCAUUACAUCAUACCAGUUUAUUAUGCAAUUAACUCCUCAUUAGCAACUAAUGAGUGGAUGUGAUUUCUUGCCAAUUCCUUCAUUCAGAUUUCCAUUGUCCACAUGCACCCUGGAAAUCAACACAAACUAAUGGCUCAAUAACAAGAUUCUUGUAUUUCCUUUAAUUUGAUCACUCUUCUACAUUUAGCCUGUUUAACAGGAGGAAACAUCCAGGAAAAUUGUAUUGCUAAAAAUGCUUUUAUGAGCAAACUGCAGUCGGCUUUCAGAUCAGAGCGGCUGAGGACUAAAUGCAGUAGGUGAACUCGUUGCUUCACAAACUGGAAUAGGAGGUAAGAAGAGGAAAGAGAAGACAUCAGGGGCCUGUACCAUGAAGCCAGAUUAGCUGGCUAGCCAGCCACCAUCAUGGUACAGGCUCCAGGUGUAAUGGACGACUGUUGACUGUAAAUUAAAGAGGUCGAGGGGGCAUCUUUGGAUCCCUGUCAGCGCUUCAUCCAAACAACGUUCUGUAUUGUUUAAUUGUUCCUCAUUGCUUGGGACUAUGCUGUUGUCGAGCUAAGCUGCUGCUCUUUUCUCACAUUUACCCUGGGAUCAAUCUGUAAAGCAUGUUAUUCUCAAACCAUAAGAAUGUUUUUUGAUGAUGGAGCGGUGUUGUUUAACCACCCUAGACCACAAGGACACAAAUUUUUGGCACAACAGCACUCCGAUAUAUGAUAUCUGAGCUCAAAUGUAUCUUUGAAGGUCGAUAAGGAAAAUAUUAAGAUGUAUUUAUUGCUAAGAGUGGCAUGCUUCACUUUUUGCAAUCCCUUUGUAAACUAGGGCUUUUUUUUCUCUCUCUCUCUCUCAGAGCUACUUUUGAAAUGAAGAUGAGCUGUGGAUUUUAAGUUUUCUAUAAACUAUUGGUACAUGUGCUCACUGACCAAAGAUAAAAUCAUGGUGAAUUGUAAAGAGUUUGAAUGAAGAAAACUAAACAAUUGGGACAGCAGAGAUUGUGUACCUAAUUGCUAUCAAAUCUGAUAUUGGUUUAUUGACCUUUUUUUUUAUGUUUCUUUAGUAAUCCUAUGCAUUUAUCGCAGGUGUAUUUGUGUGUUCCUGAAUUUGAAUGAACCGAGCAGGAGCUUGAAAACUUGCAAUAUAUACAUGUGUGUACGUAUGUGUCUUUUAGACUGACAGACAUUCCAAUGCUUUGUGUGAGUGCUUGUUUCUCUUUACAUGUGCAUUGUAUAACGGAGCAGAAAUAAUCAUGACAUUUGUGAUUGUAACAUACCUGCUGCAUCUCCCUGUAGAUGAAAUGUCUUCCUGUUUGGGUAGAAAAUGUGUAUAUAUAAUUGGUUUUGCCUCUUGUAGGAGGUUUGGUUUGGCUUUUCAGAAGUGCACGUAGCAUGAUACUGAAGUGUUUGUAGGAUUUUCCUCCAAAAUGUUCUUCUAAGACAUGCAAUUUUUUUUCUUUUUCUUUUUUUUUUUUAAACUUACUGGAGAAAUUUCUUGGUUGCUUUUAUCACUGUAUUAUCAUGUGUGAACUGUAAGCAGUGCAACUGUUUCUGUACUUUGUAAGCUGUCAUAUC